AUGAGCGCCUACACCCGGCAGUCGCCGAGAGACUCUGGCUCCGACAGUACUGACCAAUUCCUGAAUCUGAUCGCGGAUCCGUUCCAAGCAGAGGUUCAAACAAACUCCAUCUACGCCGCUAUCGUGUAUGCCUUCGCCGUCUCUGGCGGCCUCUUCCUCCUCUUCUGCAUACUUCGUCCUCGCAACUCGCGCGUCUACGCCCCGCGCGCCAAACACGCAGACGAGAAACAUGCCCCGCGACAACUAGACCGCAAGCCUUUGGGCUGGAUCGCAGCGAUACGAGAUGUCAAGGAGCAAGAGCUGGUAGAAAAAAUCGGCCUCGAUGCCGUCGUCUUCCUGCGGUUUCUGCGGAUGCUGCGGAACAUCUUCCUCGUGCUCAGCAUAUUCGGAUGCGGGAUCUUGAUACCGGUAAACGUGGUGGGAGGGAGCGCCUUUUACGAGCAAUGGGACGACAUCGCGACGCUGAUGAAGUUCACACCGCAGUAUAUCUUUGGGCCGAAGUUCUGGGCUUUUGUGAUUUGCUCGUACUUGUUCCAGGGGACAGUGUGUGGGUUCCUGUGGUGGAAUUACAGGGCUGUGUAUAGGUUGAAAAGGGCGUAUUUUGAAAGUGCGGAUUAUAAGUCGAGUCUGCAUUCGAGGACGCUUUUGCUGACUCAUAUUCCUGAGUCGUCGAGGACGGAUGCUGGAAUUGCUGAGCUCGUGGAAACGGUCAUGCCGACCCAGGCACUACCGAGGACUGCAAUUGGUCGCAAUGUCAAAGACCUUCCGAAGCUGAUCGAAGCACAUGAUGAAUCUGUUCGAGAGCUAGAGGCUGUUCUCGCCAAAUACCUGGGCAACCCGGAAAAGCUACCGGAGAAGCGUCCGAUGUGCAAAACGGAGAAAGAUGACAGGUCAACUUACGGCAAAAAGAAGGUCGACGCUAUAGAUUACCUAACGGACCGUAUCGCUAGGCUCGAAGUACAGAUCAAAGAGGUGCGCGAGAGCGUCGACAAGAGGAACCCCACACCUUAUGGUUUCGCCAGCUAUCCACACAUUGAAGACGCCCAUUCAGUCGCCUAUGCAUCGCGAAAGAAGGGCCCCAAAGGUUGCGAUGUCUACUUAGCACCAAAGCCCCACGAUCUUCUCUGGCAGAAUCUCCCCAUGAGCAGGGCUACCCGACGAGUUCGCAUGUUCUGGGACGGUCUAUGGAUGGUCCUCUUCACUGCUGCUUACAUUGUUCCUAACAUCCUCACCUCAGUCUUCCUCUCGGAUUUCUCUCAUUUAGGAUUAGUUUGGCCUUCGUUCCAAACCAACUUACAGGCUCAUCCUACCGGUUGGGGUAUUGCUCAGGGUAUUCUUGCCCCUGCUGUACAAACUUUGAUCUACAUGGGCAUUCCGGUCCUGUUCCGCCGUCUGUACACUCACUCAGGAGACGUCUCUAAAACGUCUAGGGAGCGUCACGUCACAGCCCGUCUGUACGCUUUCUUCGUCUUCAACAACCUUGUCGUUUUCUCGAUCUUCGGAUCAGCGUGGCGCUUCGUUGCUUCCGUCAUCGCCGCACAGGAUCAAGGAGUGUGGGAUGCUAUUCGUUCAGCGCACGUUUUCUCGAAAGUCAUGACCGGACUGUGCAACAUGUCUACCUUCUGGCUGACCUGGCAAAUGCAAAAGAAUCUCUCUGCGGCUACGGAUCUUGCGCAGGCAUGGCCUCUGGUAUGGAGCUAUAUUCAGCGCAAGCUCUUUUCGCCUACACCUCGCCAGCUCAUUGAACUCAGCGCACCUCAACCCUUUCUGUACGCCGAGUACUACAACAGUUAUCUGCAGGUCGCAGUAGUCGGCCUCACAUUUGGCACGUUACAACCGAUCAUCCUUCCCAUCACAGCGUUCUACCUAGUCAUCGAGUGUUGGUUCAAGAAAUAUAUGGUCCAAUACGUGCUCAUCACGAAGACCGAGUCCGGCGGCCGUUUCUGGCGCCUCCUCGUCAACAGAAUGCUCUUCAGCGUCGCUCUCGGCAACGCCGUCAUCGCCCUUGUCGUCGGCGCCCAAGGUGUAGGCAGCAUAAACUCCGUGCGGAAUGGCAACAUGCUAUAUGCCAUGAUUCCGCUGCCCCUCCUUCUCCUCGCCUUCAAGUGGUACUGCAAGCGCGCCUUCGACGACAAACUCAUCUACUACUCCACUUCGCCCUUCUCCGACGCCGAAGACACCGCCUCGCCGGACGGAAAGAAACCGAAACGCAACGACCGCGUCGCCGUGCGCUUCGGCCACCCAGCACUGUACAAAAAACUCAUCACGCCCAUGGUGCACGCCAAAUCGCAGCACCUCCUCAAAGAACUGUACGGCCACCGCGCCUCCCUCGGCGACAGAAACAUCUUCGAAGCGCCGCACCGCCGCUCCACAGACCGCGCUAUGCCCACCACCCCCUACGGCUACAGCGACGUCUUCAUGGCAGAAAUGGACCCCCACGACCCCGGAAAAUCCGUCCCCAUCGCUCAGGACCUCCCCGGCGUGGAGCUCGUCGCGGAGGAAGAUCUCGACUUCGAGAACUUCAAGAAGAGGGCGGAGUUCAGGGAGGAGUUUGGCGGCGAUGGCGAGUUGUAUGGUAGACCUGAGGAUAUGGUCAGUCGGCCGGGGACGCCGAGUACGUUUGCGACGUUGAAUAAUAGCGGGUUUUUUACGCCGGUGAAGGUCGGGGGUGAGGUGUCGUCGAUAGGGGCGUCGAGUACGACGAAGAGAGGGAGUGACGAGGACCAAGAGCGGGAACACGAGCAGGGUAUGUCGUACGAGCCGGGGUACCAGCGGACGCCGCUGCGCGACCAUUUCGAGGAGGUGCAUGUUAGCAUCCCUGCCACGCCGCUGGAUGCGGAGGAGGUGCUACAGGCGGGGAGAGUUGUGAGGCAGGAUAGCCAUGGGAGGUUGCUGCAGGAUGAGGACGAUGGAGAGGACGAGUACUUUGCGCGGACGUUUGGAAACGAAGAUACGAGUUAUGAACGGUUUAGACGGUAG